GCUAUAUCAUCCCCUUGACGUAGCAAGAUGGCGGCGGCGUGUCGGAGGCGUCUCCGUUCGCACAGUGCUCGAUGUCGAGCAGUCCGCGUACGUUCGCAACAACGUUUCAGCAGAUUAACGCCGCGGCUACGGCAGAUCGAGCGGCGGAUCGCACGCGACCGCGGUACCGCGCUUCCGUUACGCGGGUGAGACACGGUUCCUGCUUCCGGUAACGCUAUGUCGCACGUUACUGUCCCUCUAUAACGAAGAAGAAGUGCGGGUUAUAUACGCGGCCGCGAUCGACGCGGAAGCGGUGUGAAGAGCGAGCGGUGCCCGGAACUAGAGAAAGAAAGAGAGAGAGGGAAGGAAGGAGAGAAGGAGAGAGGAAACGGUAUACGGAUACUAUUCUGUGAGUUCGGGGUACGGGUAAUAAUCACUCCGAGAGUUCUUACGCGGUGCCGCGUGCUUCUUCCAAGAUCUUCGCCCCUUUCAUCCCCCUUCUCCUCCCUUUCCUUUCUCUCUCUCUCUCUCUCUUUCUCUCUUUACCCAUAAUCUUUCGCUCGAAAUUCGUCCCGAAGCGCGCUUUCAUCCCCCGUUUUCUCUUUCCUCUUCGUUCUCGCGCCCUUCUGUCAUUCCACUCUCUUCGUCCUCUCUCUGUCUUUCGGCCUGGCGUUCCUCCGCGGUACCGUGGUGAAAUGCGCGUGACCGGUCGCGCCUCGGAGCGACGGCGACGACGUGCCUGGCGUCGUUGGUGGUGCACGUUCCCCUGACAAGCACGAGAGACGCGCGACGGCACAUCCCCUGCAGCCCUCGCUACUAUGAUAAUAACGAGAAGCUCGGUGACGGCGGCGGCGGCACGGUGGGCGACCCUCGGCCGAAUUUACCACAAGGUUGACGGACAACGGCGACGAUCGACGGAGACCUGGGUCGCUCUCUCGGCGAUGUUGUCUCGGGAUCGCGGCCGUCGCGCGGUACGUCAUCACGGGAACGACAGCAACAGCACCGACGACCGGAUCAGCAGCAGCUGCAGAGCAAUCGCGUUGGCGCUGCCGUACUACUACUACUAUUGUUACCAUUAUUACCUCGUCGACGACGAGGACGAGAAUCUGGUACGAGCGGGAACUCCGAAAGCGCGGCUGAACAUAGCGAACGAUAGCGAGGCAUCGGCGAACAACAGUGACGAUCGCCUACUUCUCAAUCGCCAGGAUGGACUGCGUUGUUGCGCGUGACCAAGUGCCUCGCUACUACUACUCGCCGAGUACUCGACGAUACGCACGAUGAUAAUUAUGAUGAUUCACGCGGCGAACGAUAAUCUGUGAGAAAUCCUUUCGCGACUCGAACCGAUAGCGAAGUCAAUCGGGGCUAAUAUAUUACGUGUAUUCGAGUCAUUCUCUAUAUCUCCGCGUCCGAUCGAUCGUCAUCGCGCCGGUAUACAGAGAGAGAAAACAGUGUUACAAACGAGCACGUAGGAACUCGUGUCACGUACGGUCAUCGGCCAGUGUACACACAGUGGGAGUGGGCGGGAAGGGGGUGAACCGGGGUUAUAGGAGAGAAACGCGGAGGAGAAGGAGCCAGGUCGCCCGUCGAUCCAGAUAAGCCGUGUAAGCGCGAUAAGGUACGCGGACGAACACUUCGUCAUGAUCGUCGAGCGGUUAACUACCUGUGAGUGUCACAGACUGUAAACAAAAUUUUACAAUUGUUUUGUGUACAACGAGAAGUUUACACAGAAAUAGGAGGAGAGAAGAAAAAUAGCGGAAAAAACGCCGUGUCGAGCUUACCGCGAGCUUUCAAUUCGUGUGUAACCAGCGCGUACAUCGCGACCACUUGACACGCGCGUAUUAUAUAUAUAUAUAUAUAUAUAUAUAUAUAUAUACAUACACAUACAUU